CUUUACAUCAAGAGAGAGGAGAAUGGCAAACCAUAGGAAGAAAUUCAUUGAUCUGGUGGAUAAGGCAAUUGCUGUUGGUGACACAAUGGACCGUGAUGAUCUGCUUUUUUCUUACAAGGGGAUUCUCUACCCCACAACUGUGUGCAGUCCUGAAAUAUUCAAGGCUCUUGAGUCCUUUGAAGCCAGGCAGGAGGAUGUGAUCCUAGCAGGGUAUCCUAAAUCUGGUACCAAUUGGGUUGGCCAGAUCUUAACUGACUUGGUAACAACAUCUGCAGAGAAUAAUGAAGAUGAAACAAAUAGCCUGAAUGAUGAGGAACUGGAAGAAUUUCCCUACCUUGAAGUUGGAGAUGCUGAGAAAUAUCAGCGGAUGGAGAAAUUACCUUCUAGAAGAGUUAUAUUCACUCAUCUCCUGCCACACAAUCUACCUGAGUCCAUCUUCAAGAAUAAAGCCAAGGUACUGGUGCUUGUUCGAAAUCCCAAAGACGUAGCUACAUCUUUUUACCAUUUUACCAAUGGCAUGUCUCCACUUCCCUCUUAUGAGACCUGGGAUGAGUUCUUCACAGCUUUCAUGACUGGAAAAAUGCCUUGGGGCUCCUAUUUUGACUAUAUUUGUGAAUGGAGCAAGCAUGUUGACGAUGAAAAUGUUAUGACCAUAACCUAUGAAGAACUGAAAGAGAACAGGGCUUUGGCAGUGAAAAAGAUAGCUGAAUUCUUCGUGUUGCCCUUGACUGAGGAACAGCUUCAAGCGGUUGCAGAUAGGAGCAGCUUCCAGGCUAUGAAAGAGAAUGCCCACAAAACUCAUGGUGCAUUUGGCAACGUUCUUUUCCGCAAAGGUAGUGUUAGCGACUGGAAGAACCUUUUUAAUGAAGAUCAGAACCAAGAAAUGGACAAAAUGUUUGAAGAACGCCUAGCAAGAACUAAGCUGGGAGGAAAGAUGAAGUAUGAGGUGUACUGCAAAGCCUGAGGACUAAGAAAACAUUGUUAAAGCAACAGUUCCCCACAAUUCUAUCAGAUCAGUUGCAUUACAUGCACUAAAAAAAUAGAUCAAGUGAUUCAAACUUCUCUGAAUGUUUGUAAAUGAUCACAACACUCCAGCUCUCUUUACAGUGACAGCAGAUUCUCAGCAUGCUUAGACUGCAUACCUUUAUUCAAUGCUAUUGUAAUCAGUCAGACCCAGACCAAUACUACACCACUGCUCCAGUACAUAUCACCUGGAAGAACCUCUCUCCCUCACUACCCUCUUUCCCCCUUACAGUUGUCUCAUCUCACCCAAUUCCAUCAGUAAAAUAUUUAAUAGCA